AUGAUGUUUCCGUUAAGCCAAAGAAGAGUCCAAUGUUUAUUUAUAAACAAAAUAUUGUAUUCAAGCCAUCAGUCAAUAUCGACUAACACAGUUCUUAGAACACUGUCAAUAUCUUGUAAAGGUUGUCAAGCUACCAGACUAUUUCAACCUAGAUAUAGAAAUAAAUCAAAACAAUUAUUUUUAUUCCCUAUACACCAUGUUAGAGUAAUAAGCUCAGAUUCACAAAAUAGUCAGAAUGUAAAAUCUACAGACGUUCAAGAUAAGGGUAAAGUGAAAAGUAAAGAUGUAUUAAAGAAUGAUUAUUAUUAUUUCAAAGAUAAUAUUUAUAUUGAACCAUUUAAUGCAAUGCAGAAGUACUUACUUACACAGAAGGAAAUAGAAAGUCUACCAUGUUUUAAAAGUAGAAGUCCAUACCAUCUGGGUGAAAACUUUGAACUAUUUUUACGUAGUGAUGUUGAAUAUAUAGCUAUCAAGAAAUGGGGAAGUUUAAAAGCUAUUGAGAAAGAGAAGAUGAAAAGAUUAGAACCAUAUCCAUUCCAUUGUGAGUUCUGGAAACAUGUUGUCAAUUAUAUAAUACAUGAUGACUUUGAAAGAAAUGUAUUUAUGGAUGAUUUGGUUCUUUUGAUAGUUUUUAAGCUUGGUAGAAAACAAGAAGGUACUGUAGACCCAAAGAUGUAUAAAUUUAAUCCUAGGAAAGCUCCGAAACUAGAGAAAGAUAAUAAAAUAGGACCAAUGAAUGUAGUUUUAUCAGCUCUUGGAGUAAAUGCUUUACUAUCAGUACUGAAAUUCUGGGCUGCAAGUUAUACAGGAUCAGCUAGUAUGUACGCAGAAUUUCUCCAUUCUUUAGCUGAUACUGUCAAUCAGCUUGUAUUAGCUUAUGUAACUUAUUUAUCUUCAAGAGAAGCAGAUUUAAAUUAUCCGUAUGGUUAUAUGAAGCGUCGUAAUAUAUUUGCAUUAUUGUGUGGUGUUUCAUCGUUUGGUUUGGGGUCUAUAUUAUCAAUAUGGCAUGGCGUUGAAAUGAUAACAAGUUUAGAUUCAAUGAAUUUACAGAACACAUCAGUGGGUAUGGGUGUGAUUGGUAUAUCAUUAGCUCUAGAGUUAUAUUCUUUCAGUAGAGCCUACAAGAGAAUAGAAACAGAAUCUAAAGCAAUGGGUCUUUCUUUCAAAAGAUAUUUAUUUUCUGGCAUUGAUCCGUUUGUAACUCUGGUAUUUUCUGAAGAUCUGAUUGCUGUAAUAGGAGUCUCAUUUGCUGGUGUUUGUAUGGCACUGUCUAGUUCCUAUGAAAGUUUAUUAAUUAUGGAUCCUAUUGGUUCUAUAGUAAUAGGGUGUUUAUUAGCAGGUGUUGCUAUUACUAAUAGUAAAAUUAAUGUGGAUAGUAUAGCUGAAAAAUCUAUACCUCAGAAUGAAAUAGAAGUGUUAAAAGAUUUAUUAGAAAAUGACAGAAUGAUAAAAUCUGUACAUGAUGUAAAAGCUAUUGAAUCAGGUGGUUUGAUCAGGUUUAAAGCUGAGGUGAAUUUUGAUUUUAAAGAAAUAACAAGAGAUUAUUUAAGAAGAGCUCAUAAUAAAGAUGAAAUGUUAAAGAAAAUGGUUACAGCUAAAACAGUUGAAGAUGUAGAAAAGUUUAUGUUAUCUUAUGGACCAUUAUUAGCUGAACAAAUAGGUUUACAGACUGACAGAAUAGAGACAAAACUCAAGGCAAAGAAUUCAAGAGUGAGACAUAUUGACUUAGAAGCUAUAUGA